ACUGCAGAGUUCCAAAAUAGAAACUGCUUCUGUCCCAUUUAGACAAAAAACAGCUUUUUCUUGAUCUUUUCUUCAUCAUCUUAUAUAUUAAAAUCAUUUUCCUCGAUGUCGAGUGGUGUAUGCAGUAGGGGGCCUGUGAAAGUUGUGAUCAUCAACACGGAAUAUGUAGAAACUGAUGCAACAAGCUUCAAGUCUGUGGUGCAGAAACUGACUGGUAAAGAAUCUGAUGAAUUAACAACAACAUCUGGUAAAGCUCAGAGGAAGAGGCAUAAUCAAAGUGGGGUUGAUCAGGUGCCUGUUGUAGCUAAUAGUGGCCUUGUUGGAAGCCCGUUUUGCAUUAAUGAUGUGUCGUUUAAAGAGUUUGAUUUUGAUAGGCUGCUCAGUCAGAUGCCACCGAUGAGCGACCUUUGGUUUGAUUAAAACUAACUUGUAUGUAUUCAGAUUUGAUUGUAUUUGAUCAAUUGAUGAUUCUAUUUUAGUGUAUACUAUAUAGUUACAUCAUUCACAUGUUUUUUUGUUGUUGUUUUGGAUAUAUACAUAUAGAGCUUUUGGCC